GAUGACAUUAUCAGCGUGUUUCUCCUUAUAUUUUCCAGUUUUUAUUGUUAAUGUGAUUACUUACAUAAAAAAGUGAUGUUAUUAAUCUAGUUAAUCUUAUAAAUUUAACCAAGUUUUGUACAGCCAGCCCAAUGGAUGUUGAUAUUUUGCUUGAUAAUAAGGAAUACUUGUAUGGUGAUGAUUUUCUCGAGCAGUUAACAAAAGACUACCAAUGGUCGUCAGUAUUAGAUGCAACUGAUGCGUCUCCCAGCGAGAUAUUAGCAGAUGCUGCUUCAUUCCUUAUCCCGCCAGUUUCACCGAUACAGAGCAUCAAAUCAUCUUCCAAUGACAGCAGCAAUUCAGACUCGAGCAGUGAUGAUGAUUCCAAAAACAGCUCCUCCAAUACACCCAGAGACUCCUCUGUAUCGCCAUUUGAUUGGAUCUCCAGUUUUGAAGAUGAACCUGCAAAUCAUUUGAAUUUGGAAGAUAUAGAACAGUUCCUACAAAAAUGUGAUCCCUCGAACGCCGUUCCGUCCCUAACGGAGCAGCCCCCAAAUGUCAGGCCACCGGAAAACACCCAGUUGCGGCCGCACCACCGACCGGUGGUCGCCAUCGAGAACGGUGUCAUCAAAAUAGAGGGAAUCAAAUUUGAAAGUACAACAUUAGAUCAAAACUUCACGAAAACACAUCCCGUGGAUAAGAAUGCAUGUAAAGUCAAUAGUCGGCAACCGAACACACCAAGUUAUUUCAAAGUAGUCAAUGAGCACAGCAUACCCAAUAUACCCAUAGUCAAAGAGGUUGUGAACAAGCCGAUCAAGGUUGUUGUAGAUCCGAAGAAUGUACCCAGCUUGCUCUUGGAUAAAGCGAACGUUCCAGAAGGCAUGGGGGGAAAGAUCGCUAUAUCACCGUUACCACAGAAAGUCAGCUACCAAAGAAAGGUCUCGCCACCUCGAAACAAUGUAGUAUUGUUACCCGCUGUACAGAAUGCGAGUCCAAACGGUGCACAAAAACCCAUCGUUAUGGACGACAAUUCCUUAAGUUCUGUAGACUUGUCAAAUUUAAGUGAAGAAGAAAUCAAAGCGUUGAAGAAGCAGCAGAGGAUGAUAAAGAAUCGGGAAUCAGCGUGCCAGUCCCGUCAGAAGAAGAAAGACUACGUGCUUUCUCUACAGCAUCAGCUGAUGGAAGCUCACAACGAGAUCGCUCAGCUGAGACGCGAGAACACGGAGCUCCGGAGUCAGUUGGCUCUGUGCCACCCUAGAGGCCGCAAGAUACCGCGUUUGGAUGGCCGGGUCCUGAUACCUAAGAAGAACAUCGCUCUUUUGUGUGCUAUGGUGUUUAUGGUGUCACUCAAUUUCAACAUUUUAGGGUGGGGUUCUAAACCUUUAGUGGGCCCCACUGGUCCUCACGUCGGCUCCAGACACUUAUUGUCAGUGUCAGAGGAUAAUAAGGAAGUUCCCGAGCCAAGUAAAAUCGAUAAAGCAAUUCCAGACGCGUCAAACCAGAGCGCAUACACCCCUGACUGUCAGAACGUAAAAGUGAAAGACACGGGGCAUAUAAACCAGAACGAGAGCAUCAGACUCGCUGGCGAGUUGAAACGGUGGAUCGGACGUGGUACAACGCUUAACUGGACCAGUAAUGAAGCGAAGCCAAAACGGAGGGCUAGUCGGUACUUCGCUGAUAAUAAAGUUACUGGUCUCUUCGGCUCAUACAAGUUGUACAACAAGCUGAACCUAGACGGCAACUUUUACGACAAGCCGCGCCUCCGCCGCAUGCGACGAGGGAAAGAGUUGGAGUUCCCGGCUAUGAUGGACUAUGAGACUCUUUACCCGAAGGUGAAGCCGGACUACGAAUAUGGUGACUUCGGCGAAUGGAACGCCUUGCUCCGCGCGCUUCACCGCCGCGACGACACGUUCUACGUAGUGGGCGUGGGCAAGGGAGAGCACCUGCUGUUGCCGGCCGUGUCGCAUAACAUGACCAUACCGCCCAAGAUGGCGCUCAUACUGCCCGCCAAGACUGGCAACGAUUCCACAAUGGCCGACCAUGUAACACUAAUGCAGAUCGAUUGCUCCGUAGUCAACACUACCCUCGUCCAACUAAAAUCCGAAGCCCUACCCAAAAGCAUAAGAGCCAAAAACGAGGUAAUACCCGCUGUAUACCCUUCCAAACCAAACACGAAACAUCUAUACAAAAGAAUACCAGACGUAGAUAUACUACACAACAUAAGCAAUAAUAUCUCCAACUAUCCAGUAAACGAAAAGCGUUAUAAAAACUUAGACUUAAACAAGGACGAUUUCUUCGCCCAAUAUUUAUUAUCAAAAUACGAAGAAACUAAAGGUGAUACGAAACAGGCCAAUGGAAGCAAAACAGGGGAAGAUAAAACACACCAGACGAGUACUGUCUGAAUUUUGUACUUAGAUCGUAGUGGCAAAAAAAAGUAAAUGUGUGAUUACAAUACUUUUUGAUAUUCAUUAGUGUGUGUAAAGUUCGCUUUUUGGGUUAGCUUUAGACUACGUUUCGGUUGUGUUCGUGUUUCUAACACUCACUGCCAGACAAAAAAUGGCGCACUGCUCCAGAAACCGAUCGUUAUCUAUAACCGUUGUCUUAUAUAGCGGGCUACGGGUUGUCCGGCAUCUAAGCAAAGUCCACGAUUGCUCACCUUGCGGGUUCUUGGCAGUGAACGUGUUAACCUUUUCACCGCGAAAGAAAUCCCUGACGCGUUUCAUUAUCGUUUUGUGUAUUCCGACAAAGUUCACGAUUAUGCCGGCACUGUAAAUUGUUUACACAAGUUAAUUAAAAUUUUGAAAAACCCCAGACCGCGACCUAGUGGAUCGAUUUUCAUGAAACAUGGCUAAGAACACUCCCGACUAACACAGCUUUCAAAUAAAAAAAAACUAAAUCGAAAUCGGUUCUU